UUGAAGUGUGUGUGUGUGUGUGUGUGCCUGUGCUUGUGCGUGUGUGUGUUUGGUUUGCUGUCCGCCAGAGGGAGUGUAUAUUGCUUGUAUAUGCAUUUGAGUGCUCUGCCAGCAUCUAAUUAGUUGUACUUGACUGUGAGUGAUUGUGUGUGCUUGUGCGUGCACAUUACUUAAUAUAUAUGUAUGCAUGUAGGUACAUAGGCAUUUUGUGGUUGCUUAUUUAAGAUGCCCAGUGUUUGUUCUGCACCACAUUCCCUUCCUUGUACAUGCCCUUUUGUCAUUUGGCCUCCUGUCUGACCUCCCUAACCCCUUAAAAGAGAAAAAGCCCUGGCAUGAUGAGUGAGCGCUCUGGUGCAAGCACUCUAGCAGCCAUGACGCUGGAGGAGCCAGGGGGCGAACAGGCUUCUCCCCGUGCCGCUGGCCCUCUACGCUGCGGCCCAUGUGCCGUGUGGCCUCGCCAGCAGACCUGGCUGUGUGCCGUGCCCCUAGUAAUGGGCUUUGUGGGACUGGGACUCAGUCUCAUGCUGCUGAAAUGGAUUGUGGUGGGAUCUGUCCAGGACUAUGUUCCCACUGACCUGGUGGAUCCUAAAGGUAGCAUUGGACAGGACCCUAUAUUUCUCUCCAAACCCAGUGCCAUGCCCAAGGGGCCUGACAUUUCCACCGCCACCUCUACUUCAGCUGCCACGACCACAGCAAUGGUGUCGACUACCACCCCGCUAGCUGCUGAUGGUACGGCCCCAGCGCCGAGAACUCGAUCUGGGCCACCAGCCAACCACUCGGCCAAUGGCAGCACUGCCAAUGGAGACGGUAACCGUGCCCCACACCUCCAUAACCGCGUUGGCACCCACAUUAGCGGGACUGCAGGCACUGCCACCACCACUCGUGCCACCCGGCUCACCCCACCACCCAGCGGUAAGGAGGUUACCCCACGCACUGUCAGAAAAAGUAGCAGCUCCAGUAAUGGACGUAAUGCACCCUCCAACGCAAAGCCAGGCCAGACUUCUGCUACGACUGUCAGCACCACAACAUCCACCACGACAACUACUACUGUGAAGAUCGCCACCAAAGUGCAGCCACCCACCUCCCAGCCAUCCGUCCCAGCCAAGCCAACUUCACGCUGGAACCAUGGGCGUUCAGCCAAGGGCCCCGCCACACGCCCACACCACCGCUUCCGAACACCAGUGGCCCCCACACUCCCAAGCCUACGCUCAGAGGUUUUCAAGCCUUGCGUGGAAGACAAGGACCUGGCCUUUUGUCUAAACGAGGGAGAGUGCUCCAUCAUUGAGACUGUGGCCGGAGUUCACAGACACUGCAGGUGUAAGGAGGGCUAUCAUGGAUUACGCUGCGACCAGUUUGUGCCCAAGACAGAUGCUAUCUUGUCAGACCCAACGGAUGAGCUUGGGAUCGAGUUCAUGGAGAGUGGUGAGACCUACCAGAGGCAGGUGCUGUCCAUCUUUAGCAUCGCCUCGGGGAUCUGUCUUCUUGGAGUGGCAUGCAUGGCUCUCUACCGCCGCAACAAGAGACACAGGGAAAAACUCCGAGCCCACUUCUCAGAGAGCCGCAGCCUGAGGGACUGCAGUAUCAACGCCUCUGGCCUCAUGUCCAAAUCCACUCAAAGGUCUCAGUACAGCCUCCAGCUCCAAAAGAGCUGCAGUUCUCAUGGAUCCUCUAUUAAGGGUGGCAGUAUGGCACCAGGCACAGCAACAGUAGCUCCUCCUAUUCUCAGCAGAGCACUGUCUAAAGGGAAACGCUUCAGGAGUAGCUCCCUUUCACUGAGUCCUGCCCAGCAGCGGAGAGAGACUAAUUGCUUCAGGACCCCACCUAUUUCCAGAGGGAAACACAAUCUCAUUGAUGGAUCAAGAGUCGCUGGCCAUGUCUACAAGCACUUGCAAGAAGUUGAGGCGACAGAUUUGGAGUCCAUAAGAAGGUGCGACUCUGCCAGUGGAAGAGUUGGUGCCCUACUCAGCAGGACUUCGCUCUCUCACUUUGCAGCCAGAAAGGGAUGGACUGAAGUCCCCUGCACACGCCUGGACAAGGGUACAACCUUCCUUCCACCCUCUCUACGCACUCGUUCGGUACCCAUCAUCCCUUCUCUCCAAGCGUGUGACCUACAAGGGGAUCAUGUGGACAUGACCGACCAGAAACAAGAGGGACUCCUCAAGUGGCACCCCAUGCUGGCUAGAAAGACCACAGUGCCCAUUAGCAGUCCUCCUUCGCCCCCCUGUGAGACUGUUGUGUUGGCGAAUGGCACUGUUCCUAGCAAUGCCAGGCCUCCUGCCACUACCAAUGCUACACUGGGGUCAGGGAAGAAUCCCAGCGCGACGCAAACACCCUGCUCCAUUGAAAUUACAGUGGAACUGGCGCAGGGGUUAAAACCUGAAAGCCUUUCGAGUCCCAUGACAGUAUCCAGGUCACACAGCGAGCUCCUCUGUGGUGGCCCAAACGCUCUUACGGCUGUGACUGUGCUGGAGUCAGAAGUGAAAACUGUCCAAUAUUCCCCGAGACUUAUCCACACAGAUAAUGGGGCCAGGGGUUUGAAGGCAGGCCAAAGAGAAACCCAGGGUCAAUGCCAAGGUCAAACAUCCUUUGUGUAUGGAGGCACAGGCCGCUCCAAGGGACCCAGCACCAGAGGAACUGGGAACGCUUGUGCCAAACCCUCUGCAAGCUGAUUGGAUUAUGUCCGUAAAGCUUCAAAGACAUUGUUUCCAAUAACUGCAUACCUUUGUUCGUGGCACAGGAUGGAUAGCAGGUGGGACCAUCUGUGUGACCAUACGGACCAAUCACAGAUGGGCAUCGUUUUUUGAAGGAACAUGAACAGAUUGAACUGCAGCGGGGAAAAAAAUAUUGAUACAACUAAAGACAUCAAAUUAUAAAGAAAAGAGACAAACACAAACACACAUUGUGAAUAAAUGUGAUUCAACAAGGAAAACAAAACGAAGAGAUUUGAGUGGGAGCCUGAUUUAAAAAGUGUAUUGAAAAAAAAAAAAAUUAAUGCCACUAUUUAAAUGGAGCUUCUACUUAGAAA